CAGGUUCCCUGACUUUGGACUUGAAUCAUUUCCCACGAGGUGCCAAAUCCUCAAAAUUAUGUACCCUUGACAUGCUAAAAACUGAUGGAACCGUGCCCCAGAUGUCAUUAUUCAAACACAAGAGAGUGAAGGGUUGGUGGCCGUUUGCAGUGAAGAACGAGAACAAUGAUGAGUACGAACUGACGGGCAAAGUAGAAGCAGAAUUACAUUUACUGAGUACAGAAGACGCUGAGAAACAUCCUGCUGGCCUUGGACGUAACGAGCCUGACCCACUAGAGAAACCAAACCGGCCAGAUUCAUCAUUUAUUUGGUUUCUCAACCCACUGAAAUCAAUCCGGUACAUUCUAUGGCACAACUACAAAUGGAUGAUCUUGAAGAUUAUCAUCUUUAUCCUGCUUGUUUUAGUGUUGGCUCUAUUUUUCUAUUCCAUGCCUGGUUACACAGUCAAGAAGAUGAUGGGUGCGUGAUCAGCAUAUACUGUUCCAACAACUACCACCACCACCACCACCACGGCCAACCAAGCACUUAACCUUCCUUCCUUCCUUCCUUCCUUCCUUGUUACUAUAGUAAUUGUUCUUCACUCCUAGCUCUUGUUUAUCUUUCAACCAGCUUCCUACUCAGUCUCCUAACCACACCUCCACAAUUACACACUUCAAGAUGGAUAGAAUGUGUAUAUAUAAAUAUAUAUAUAUAUAGAUAUAUGUAUGACGAUAUACAUAUAUAUAUAUAUGUGCAUAUACACAUACAUAUACAUACAUAUACACAU